AUGACCGACGACGGCUCCGGGCUCCCCACCAUCCUCUGCGCCAUCCAAGUCAGUCUUGAAGGAGCUAUCGCCAAGGAAGCUAUCCUCAACUCGAUCAGAAAGGGAUACCAAUCCAGCGGCGACCUCAUCCCAUGGACCCUCACCCAACACUUCCAAGACGAAGAUUUCCCACGUCUCUCUGGUGCUCGUGUCGUCCGUAUCGCAACUCACCCCGACUACCAAAAGAUGGGUUACGGUACUAAAUCUUUAGAAUUAUUAACUCAAUAUUAUCAAGGUGAUAUUAAUACAAUUAAUGAAGAAAUGGAUGAAGAUGAAGAAAAUGAAGAUGAUGAAGAUGAAGAAGAAGAAGCUGAAGAAGAAGUUUCAUCAUCAACUAUUUCAAAAUCAAAUUUAUUAAUUGAAAAGAUUAAACCAAAGAAGAAUUUACCACCAUUAUUAUACAAGUUGACAGAAAGAAAGCCAGAACUACUUCACUAUGUUGGUGUCAGUUAUGGUGUCACCUCCCAACUCUACCAAUUCUGGUCAAAGUCUGGAUACCUUCCAGUCUACCUUCGUUUGGCAUCCAACGAUAUCACUGGUGAACACAGUUGUAUCAUGUUGAAGGAAUUAAAGAUUGGUCAAGAACAACAAACCAUUGCAUCCGAAGGUUGGUUGUCUUCUUUCUACCAAGAUUUCAGAAAACGUUUCAUUUCACUACUUGGUUAUGAUUUUAGAAAUUUCCAAGCUUCCCUUGCUUUAAAUAUACUUCAAGAUAAAUUAAAUAAGGAUAAUAUUGAAAAUUUAGAUUUAUAUUUUUCAAGUUAUGAUUUAAAGAGAUUGGAAUCAUAUACAAAUAAUCUUGUUGAUUAUAAUGUAAUUGUUGAUAUGUUGCCAAUGGUUGGUAAGUUAUUGUUUAGCAAUCAAUUGAAUCAAGUUAGAUCCAACCUUUCGUUACUUCAAAUGGCCGUGAUCUUGGCCAUCUCUUUGCAACACAAGUCUUUGGAUCAGUUGGCCACCGAGCUCAACGUCCAACACAACCAAGUCUUGUCUGUCUUUUCACAAGCCAUGAGACGUGUCUCGCAAGCACUCAAACAAUUCAAGCAACAAUCCAUCGACGACUCUAUCCCCAAACCAAAGAAGGUGUUCAAGAGCAAGAACGCUAUCGUUGAAAGUGUCCAAGAUGAAUUGGAAUCGGAAGAAAAAAAGAUUAAAGAAAAAUUGUACGCAAAGCAAGAAGAAGAAGAGGAAGAAGAGGAAGUGUUGGAAGAACCUAAAAAGGUCAAGGCAUUGACUGAAAAGGAAAAGAAAAAGGCAAAUGCCGGAAAGAAGGAUUUGGAUAUGGACCAAUUCAAGGAAUAUUUAAUCGAUCAAGAUGAAGAGGUUUGGAGCAAGGCUUUAAAGGGAGGUAAAAUCCCAACUACCAUCUCUGUCCCUUCGGCUGCUGGAAAACGUAAACAAACUGAUGGUGGUGACGAUGAAGAUGGAUCCUCAAGUAAAAAGGAAGCCAAGGAUAUUCAAGACCCACAUCACCAAUUAAAAAAAUUAAAAGAAUCAAAACAACAACAACAACAACAAAAAGGUAAUUCUAAAAAGAAAUCAUUUAGAAAGUAA